AUGUACAAGCAAGCACCAAGUCAGCGUUGGACCUCGUAUGAUGGCUGGAAUUGGAAUGGCUUCCAAGAAAGACUCGAGUCAUUCAUCCCAACGCUAGACAUGGUAAUGCUUCAGCAUCACGCUGAGCUGCUUAUAGGUCAGAAAUGCAGAGUGAGCGAGCCCUUUUCUGCUGGGCAAUACUCGGUAUGCUUCGAGCUGGUUGCCGAGGACGAUAGUCUGAUCAUCGCCCGCGUUCGAUUACCUCGACAUCCUGCUGCAUCGUCAAACAUGACCGAAGAGGACGAGCAAUACCAGGUCACAUGCGAACUGGCUACCAUGCGUUUGUUGGCACAAAGACUCCCCCAGUUGAAGAUUCCUUCGGUAUAUGCCUACGAAGGCCCUGGGUCACAACGCGCACUGGAGUUCGGCGCUCCGUACAUGCUCAUACAAGGCUUCUACGGCAAUGCUCUACAAGACCUUGUUUAUGACCAUGCAACUGGAUGUGUUUCCACUGGCUUCUACGCUCUGUCAGCGGCGGAACAGGAACAGCUCAUAACACAGUGGACAGCAGUCCAAGCAAUGCUGGCAACCGUGACGAGCUCUCAAAUCGGAUCCAUCUGCGACGUCACAGAAUCUGGUGAGCCCGUCAUUGGCAGGAUAUCUUCAGCUGCCAUGAACAAUAUGUUCCCGCAAGGGCCAUUCCAAAACGCUGCUGAAUACUUCACUGCCCUUGCAAUGGGGGUUUUGCGAGAAUCAUCAGAGUAUGACGGCAUUCAGGAGCAGCCCGAAUUGCUUACUCUUGGUGCGAUUGUCUUUCUGGACAUUGUGCGAAAUACGCCAUUAUUUGAAUCCCAUGGACCAUACCAUCUCAAUCAUAUGGACUUGCAUGUGGGAAACAUUUUGGUAGACGAUGACUUGAACUUCAUGGCCAUCAUUGAUUGGGAGUUUGCCCAGACAGCACCAUGGCAGGUAACCUCCUAUCCGAGGCUCUUUCAACUACGGCCAUCCGACGAUACUCUCGAGAAAGUCCUGAACGAUCCAAAGCAUAUUCGCUACAAGGACGCGAAGCUACAGGAUGAUGCCAGGCAGCUGUAUAGCGAAAAGUUCGAUGAGGCUGCAGCCAAGUAUGGAGGUGGAUCAAAUCCCUACGGGAGUUAUACAGAAGUAUUGAACGGAGCAGCUUCAAGGAUUUAUGAAGCGUUUAUGGAACUAGGGCAUGUUCCAGAGCAGGACCAGCAUCUUAUCGAUGAAAUGGUGCUCCUGGCUUUUGGUGUGGAUGAUGGUACAAACUGGUACCUAAAAAACCUAGACAACAGGUGGAGGGCAGAUAACUCAUUUCGGCUGAGUCACAUGUCUUAG